AUGGAAGUUAUUAUUCAACCGACUUAUGCGCAACUUGUGGCGGUUUCAGCGGGAAUUAUCCGAGACGCGCUGCUAAAAAAGCCGAACCUCGUUUUGGGACUGGCUACCGGUAGCACGCCAAUCGGGCUUUAUGAAGCCUUGACACGGAUGCACAAAACGGAGGGACUCGAUUUCUCAUCCGUGACGACUUUUAACCUCGAUGAGUAUGUUGGGAUUCCACCGAACCAUCCGCAUAGUUACCACACCUUUAUGGCAACCUACUUCUUUAACGCCGUUAAUAUCCCUACCGAGAAUCGUCAUAUCCCCCAGAGCACGGCUGUGGCACAUGAGGAAUUUUGUGAGCAGUACGAAGCCGCAAUUGUAAACGCGGGUGGCAUUGACAUCCAAGUGCUCGGUAUUGGAAUAGAUGGACACAUCGGCUUUAAUGAACCGAGUUCCUCUCUGGGAUCCCGGACUCGCAUCAAAACCUUGGCUCAGAGUACGCUGAAAGCGAACGCGUCGCAUUUCGGUGGAACCGUGAAUGCAGUGCCAAAAAUGGCGAUUACGAUGGGGGUAGGCACAAUUAUGGAAGCCAAACAGUGUCUACUGCUGGCAAACGGUGAAUCGAAAGCGGAAGCGAUUGCCCACGCCGUAGAGGGACCUAUCACAGCGGAAGUGCCAGCAUCGGUGUUACAGAUGCAUCCCCGAACGGUUGUCAUCAUCGACGAAGCAGCGGCUGCGCAAUUGAAACGCGUAGAUUAUUAUAAACAGGUUUAUGCGAAUAAGCAGAAACUAUUGUCCCAAGGACACUAA